AUGCAGUACCUCCCCAUCCUCCUCGCCGCCUCAGCGGCCUUCGUUGGCGCCCAGAAGGCACUCGAGAAGCCACCAUCAAACUACAGAUGGAGCGCCCGAAACUUCAUUGCCGACUGCACUGAUACAUGCCAUUACACGUUCGACAUCUCGGGUGUUGAGGCGGAACCUUACCCCAGCUUCAAGGCGGUUUGCACUGGGACUGCCAGCACCUAUUUCGCUAGUUGCCAAUUGCUGGAGUGGAGUGCAAAGAGGGCGUAUGAGCCUACUGUCCUAGCACUUGUGCCUCCUCCUGGUGAGGACGAAGUCGCGCACUUGCAGGUCUCGUUGAUCUUUGACUCUUAUGAUGCGUCUUACAACAUCACUGGACCGGCGGACCUGAAGUUCAAUGGGUUCGAGACGGAUUUCGACAUUGUUCCUACUGAUCCUCUUGGGACCAACAUCAUGUCAUGA